AUGUACCAAUCCGCGGAUUCUCUCAGUCUCGAUUACACAAACAAGCAGCUUUUGCCACGACGUUACGAGUCGGACGAAGAAGAGAUAUCGGAGUCAGAACAUGGUGGACACGAUAACGCUUUCUCACCCGUUGAUGACACUACAGGGACGUUUUCUGAUAUGAGCACGGAAGAGCUAUCUCGCGACAUUGAACCUGAGCCAGGGAACCGUCAAGUUGCCCGGCUACUUGCUCCCUACCCAUCGAGAGGCAGAAAGUCGCGUCCCGUAUCAAUGGAUACCGUGAAGCGAAGCAGCAAUGCAACCUUUGCCACCGACUCCAUCGUCUACGACGACGACGAUGAUGAUGUGAUUAUCGAGCUGCCUUCUCCAAAUCACAUGUCACCACUUCCGUCACCAAUCUUCUUACAGCCCACUGUUUAUGUGCCCCCUGGGUCACCCGGAUCAUCGACUGCUCGGUCGAAGGGAUCGCCGUCUCCCACCUCUGUCUACUCAGAGGAAGAGACUGACGUCCUCGUAGCUGAGCAGGUCACAUAUGUGGAACCUAUCUCCAAACCUCACUUGAUUCAAAUCAGUCCCGAGCAAUCAUAUUUUCCGCCUGGUUCGUCUGCUGAGGAGAAGCAAGACACCUUUUGCAAGCAUAGCUCAAGCAACGCCUCCGAUGAGGGUACUUGCGAGGGUAUCUACUCGCUCGGGCGGGCAGCCAAGUCUCAACCUUUGCUUAGCACAGGCGAGUCUGAAGGAACGAAUGAAAAGCAGCUCAAACGCAACAGUGUCUCGGUAACUGGGCGUUCAUCGGGAUCGGUUAGGGGGUUGAGACGCAUUGAGCUGCCAAGGUCUAGUGCCACGAUGCAGUCGCUGUCCGAAGUCCCCGAGAUCCCGCAGCCCUUGUCGCCGCGGUCUCGCUCUAGGACAUUUUCUGGCACAAGAGCGUCACCCGCCCAAAAGCUGCCCUCACUGUACACUGCAGUACGCUCGCGUCUACCUACCGAAUCCCUCCGACGGCCCCCUUCGUUGCGAAGUUUGAGUAGUGCGAGCGCCUUACUCUCCCACGCACGACACGCUUCCACAUCUGCGGGCUUAGACACUCACAAACCACCCACCUCCGCGUCCCACACGCGCGUGAGCUCCGAACAGUCAUCUCCGCUACAAACCUGUCGCACUCCUUCUCCAAUGCUUCAAAGUUCUACUCCUUACUAUUCCUCGCCGACUUUCAGUCGAGGCCGAUCCGGCUCUGUGUACAGCAACAGCAGUGCACCCACGCCGACCAGCUAUCGCCCACCCCCUCCGGAGCGGAACUCCACCAUGCAUUCUUUUAAGUCAUCCUAUUCCAGCAGCCUUCGAUCAGAGGUGGAGAGUGUCCACAGUGUGGAUGCACCUGAGCCAGUCCAUCAAGCAGGAAAGUCUAACGUGAGCCGAAAGAAGAGCCUGAAGCGCAGCAAGUUCUCGAAGCAGGAGGGCAAGGAACAGUCCACCGCUAAGAGCAUCAUGGGCUUUAUGCUGAGAGGGAGGAGAAAAUCUGCCAUCUGGAACCAUCGAUCAUAG